CAGGGCUGGAUAAGACCCGGAAAUCCCCGUUGGCUCAGCAGGAGUGGGGCUGUGGUGCUGGACGAGAUGCGGGGCAAGGAUGAUGAGUAUGAUUAUCUCUUCAAAGUUGUGCUCAUCGGGGACUCUGGGGUGGGGAAGAGCAACCUGCUCUCACGCUUUACCCGCAAUGAGUUCAACCUGGAGAGCAAGAGCACCAUCGGGGUGGAGUUUGCCACGAGGAGCAUCCAGGUGGACAACAAGACCGUGAAGGCUCAGAUCUGGGACACGGCCGGGCAGGAGCGGUACCGGGCCAUCACCUCAGCGUACUACCGGGGGGCGGUGGGAGCUCUGCUCGUCUACGACAUUGCCAAGUACCUGACGUACGAAAACGCCGAGCGCUGGCUCAAGGAGCUGCAGGACCACGCCGAUGCCAACAUCGUCAUCAUGCUGGUGGGCAACAAGAGCGACCUGCGGCACCUGCGGGCCGUGCCCACUGAUGAAGCCAGGAGCUUUGCAGAGAAGAACGGGCUGUCCUUCCUUGAGACUUCUGCUCUGGACUCCACCAACGUGGAGACGGCUUUCCACAACAUCCUCUCGGAGAUCUACCGCAUCGUGUCGCAGAGGCAGAUCACGGGGCAGCCGGAGUCAGAGUUCGGCCCCAGCACGACCAUCGAGCCCAUCCGGGUGCUGCCCACGCAGCAGGAGGGCAGGCAGGCGCCCUGCUGCCAGAACAUCUGAGCCCCCUGGGGUGCCCCCCACCCUGACCCCCCCACCCCCUGCCCCAACACCACCCCAGCACAGGGUGGCACCAUGUUUCUCACCCUCUACUGCUGCCCGCUGCAGCCCCCCUGGAACAGGGUGGGCUGGUGGCUGCUUCUGCACGGCUGCUCCUGUGUGAACCAUCACGCUGCCUGCGUGCCGCGCUCCCUGCGUUUGUGUAGGACCUAAACAAAUAUUGGGGGGUGGGUGUGGAGGAAAAAAAGCAUCAGGGUCUCUCCCCUGUCUCCCCAGGGUUUGGGACAUGCCAUCCCCUUGUGUCCCUGCUUCCUCUAGCCCUGAAGGCAGAGUCGUGGGGUGACUCAGGGUGGCACUGAACAAGCCCAGACAUUGUGACUCCCUUGUUUAGCACCGUUUCUGCAGCACCCUUGGGUGCAGCCCUUCAGGGCAGGGGUGGGGAAGGGGACGGGGGGUGCACCCUUCUCUUGCCUGGCGAAGCGAGCAGGAACGCAGCCGGUUGCACCCAGCCUUGCCCCGUCGGCACCAAGGGCUGGGUGUGCCUCGGGGUGCUGCUGGGGACACCCCGCUGUGGUGUGCGGGGGGGGGUGUGUGACUCCCUGCUCAUGCCUGGAAGGACCCCGUUUUUCACGCCGUGAGCCCCUUGAGGCGUCCCCACGGCACAGACCCAGCAAAGGGAAAAGCUGCACCUCUCGCACUGGUGCCCCAGCUCAGGGGGACUGGGGGGGGGGACGACACACGUGUCCUUUGGGGGACCCCCGAGGAGGGGACAAAGGGGUCCUGGGGCUUUGGUGGGGUGAGUGUGAGGGCAGGGAUGGGGUGCUGAGGGUGGGCACCCAGUCUCUGCGCCCACCUCCUUCUGUGGCGGCCGGUGCCAGCACGGGGGUCCCCUGGGCUCUGGGAUGCGAGGAGCCACUCGUGUGUUUCGCCACCCGUGGCUGGUGACAGCGUGGCCGCGGCGUGGGGGCGCGGCUGCCACUAGAUGGAGCGUCUGCUGCGCUUACAGGGUGACAGUGGCCCCGUUCCCCUGCCCUGGGGGACAGCGCCCAACCUGCUGGGACAGGCUGGGCUGAGCCCAGUGCCGCUGUCAGAGGGUGAUUGACAGGUGUCAAUCAAGAGGGGCGCAGGCACUGCGGUGGCCUUCCCGGGAGAGCCUGUCCCCAUUAACCCCAGUGCUGGGAGCGUUUCCCCACACCACAGCAUGGGUUUGGGUUUUGUUUUGUGUUUUUUUUUUUUUUUUUUUUUUUUUGUGGGGUGGGGUGGGGUGUUUCUGUCUCUCCGUGGUGCCCCCGGUCACCCCAUCUCACUCGGCUGCGCUGGCAGGAGCUGUGCCAGCGUCUCGCCCUGGGAAGCGAUUUACCAGAUGAAACGGGAAUUUGGGCAAAAUCCCCAAAUAAAGUUGCUGCUGGAGGCUC